AUGGCAUCAAGAUUUCCAAAGUUCAGCCAAGGCUUGGCCCAAGACCCAACUACUCAUCGUAUUUGGUUUGGUAUUGCUACUGCACAUGACUUUGAGAGUCAUGAUGAUAUUACCGAAGAGCGUCUUUAUCAAAAGAUUUUUGCUUCUCACUUUGGUCAGUUAGCUAUAAUCUUUCUGUGGACCUCUGGUAAUUUGUUCCACGUAGCUUGGCAAGGCAAUUUCGAAGCAUGGGUCCGCGACCCCUUACAUGUAAGACCUAUUGCUCAUGCAAUUUGGGAUCCUCAUUUUGGUCAACCGGUCGUAGAAGCCUUUACCCGAGGAGGUGCCCCCGGUCCGGUCAAUAUUGCUUAUUCCGGUGUUUAUCAGUGGUGGUAUACAAUUGGCUUACGCACUAAUGAAGAUCUUUAUACUGGAGCUCUUUUCUUGCUAUUUCUUUCUGCUCUCUUUUUAACAGUGGGUUGGUUGCAUCUACAACCUCAAUGGAAACCAAGUGUUUCAUGGUUUAAAAAUGCCGAAUCUUGUCUCAAUCAUCAUUUGCCAGGGCUUUUCGGAGUCAAUUCUUUGGCUUGGAUGGGGCAUUUAGUUCAUGUCGCUAUUCCUGAAUCAAGAGGAGAACACAUAAGAUGGGAUAAUUUUUUAGAUGUAUUACCGCAUCUCGAAGGGUUGGAACCACUUUUUACAGGUCAGUGGAAUCUAUAUGCUCAAAAUCCUGAUUCCAGUAGUCAUUUAUUUGGUACUACUAAAGGGGCGGGAACUGCUAUUCUAACUCUUCUCGGGGGAUUUCACCCACAAACACAAAGUUUGUGGCUAACUGAUAUUGCACAUCAUCAUUUAGCUAUUGCAUUUGUGUUUUUCAUUGCUGGCCAUAUGUAUAGAACCAACUUUGGGAUUGGACACAGUAUAAAAGAUAUUUUAGAAGCACAUGUUCCUCCGAAAGGCUUAUUAGGAUGCGGGCAUAAGGGUCUUUACAACACAAUCAAUAAUUCUCUUCACUUUCAAUUAGGUCUUGCUCUAGCUUCUUUGGGAGGUGUUACUUCCUUGGUAGCUCAACACAUGUAUUCUUUACCUGCCUAUGCAUUCAUAGCACAAGAUUUUACUACCCAAGCUGCAUUGUAUACUCAUCAUCAAUACAUUGCCGGAUUCAUUAUGAUAGGGGCAUUUGCUCAUGGAGCUAUAUUUCUGAUUAGAGAUUAUAAUAAGAUCUCUAAGCAAAACUUUCAACCUCAGUGA